UGACUUUUAGGCUACUAAUACGAAACAUAAAACAAAUUUCCAGAAAUGUUUGAGUUAACAACUAAGAUGUAAUGACAGACUUGACCUUGUUACAAACUUUUGGUCAGAGCUUUCCUGAGGAAUUUGAUGGCAGUUUGGACUCUGUUAGUGCUGCAUUGACCUGUUCAUUUAACCGCACUGGCUCAUUGCUGGCUGUUGGUUGUAACGAUGGUAGACUUGUCAUUUGGGAUUUCUUGACAAGGGGCAUCGCAAAGAUAAUAGUUGCUCACGUACAUCCAAUAUCUUCUGUGAGUUGGAGUCGAAAUGGAAAGAAAAUAUUAACUGCGUCAACUGAUUGGAAUGUUGGUUUGUGGGAUGUUCUUUCUGGUGAUUGUGAUGUGCGUUAUCGUUUCCCAUCUGCUGUUCACAAAGUUCAGUUUCACCCUUUUAAUAAUAAAAAGUUCCUUGUUUGCCCUGUGAAACAUCCACCUGUGUUAGUUGAACUGGAUGGUGAACAUCACAUUCUUCCUGUUGGUGGAGAGUGCGAACAAAAUAUCAUUGCAUCAUUUGAUAAAAAAGGUGAUCACAUUUUUGCUGGUAAUGCAAAAGGAAAGAUCACCAUAAUCCAUACUGAUACUUUACAAGAAAAAUUGUCGUUUCGCAUCAGCACAGCAACAAAUGCAAAUACUGCAAUCAAAUCAAUCGAGUUUGCGAGAAGAGGAAGUUCAUUUCUUGUUAAUUCACAAGAUCGCGUCAUCAGAGUAUUCAAUACAGAUGCUGUGUUAUCAUGUAAAGAAGGACAAGAACCUGAGCCGUCACAAAAAUUGCAGGAUCUCGUAAACAGAACGUUGUGGAAAAAAUGUGCUUUUUCCGGCGAUGGAGAGUUUAUUGUGGCGGGAUCCUCUCGACAGCAUGCUUUGUAUAUCUGGGAGAAAAGCAUUGGAAGUUUGGUGAAAAUUUUACAUGGAACUAAAGGAGAGUUGUUAGUAGAUGUUGUGUGGCAUCCUAUUCGACCAAUCAUAUGCUCAGUUGCCAACGGCUUGGUUUCAAUUUGGUCACAGACACAUGUUGAAAACUGGUCCGCUUUUGCUCCAGACUUUCAAGAGAUUGACGAAAACAUAGAAUAUGAUGAACGGGAAAGUGAGUUUGAUCUUGAAGACGAGGAUAAAGAAGAAUUACUCAACACAAGUCAUGACCAGCAAGAAGAACUCGAGAUCGAUGUUGAAAGCAUCGAAAAGCCGUUAUAUUACAGCAGUGGCGAUGAGCCUGACGACGAUUGUUUGUUUUAUUUACCGGUCGCACCCGACAUCGACGACCCGGAGGGAGAUGUAGUUCCAGGUUAUGACCAAAAACCUGCAACUGACAAAUCAGUGUUGGUUGAUAAUACUAACCAAAAAAUGGGAGAAAAUGGUCCGCCAAAAAAGAAGCCGAAGAUUACAGAUGUAAACAUUAAUGGAGAAGUGUACAAUCAAAACAGCGUCUUGGCAGAGAAAGCUUCAGAGAAACCUAAGGGAAGAGGUACGACAUCAACAAGAGGGAAGAGAGGUGGGAGAAAAGCAGGAGCGGGAAAAGGAAGAAAAAUCGUGUCGGCAGCCGUCGAUGUGGACGAUGAAAACUCGCAAGAUUUUUCUGACGCAUCUGGAAAGACCGCGUAGUGAUUGGUUUCGACGACAAGUCUUCAGCAAAUAAAUUCGCAUUUUGAGUAAACCUGAAAGACUUAUAGCGUUUGCAUGAGUUCAAAUUGUAUUGGAAUCACCUUCAUGGAUAUUAUGUUGUGAUUAAAGUAAUGUCUGGCUGUCUUGGACGACCGUGAUUCUGUAAUAAAGUGCAAAGGACUGACUGUGCCUUAAAAACGGAAGUAAUUGACACCUCUCCUUGUAGAUAUGGAUGAGUAAAAGUUAGAAACCAUCUCAUUGAUAUCUGAACAAUUAUUUUUCUUUUUUAGGACUAAUAUUAACUUUAAUGAGUUCUCCUGUGUUGUUUUUUUUGUUCUGUUUUUCUACAAUGUGUUUUUUUAAGAUGGCUAAAAAGUAUUUGAUAUUAACAGUGCUUUAUUUUGAAGUUUAUAAAAUUUAAUUAAAAUUCGGCAAAAAUGUUUGGUCGCUACAAAAUAUUAUUCAAAAUUUGGUCCCUUCUCUCAUUUUAUUUUUACCAUUUUAUCAUCUGCAUGUAGAUUUUACUAAAAUGGAUGCCGCAGAGUGACAUUCUCCACCGCAGAACUCGUGGAACCCCUACCGUAUUGAGAAACACAUAUAUUUACAGCAGCACUACCUUAUUUAUUCUAGAAGAAUAGAAAUGAUAUCCUUAUGGGUUUAAUGAAA